CCGGCUCACUCCGGCCAGUGACACGCGGCCGCUGGAAGAAGGCGCCGGCGCAGUGCGGGACGGCGUGCCGGUGUGGACAAACGUGGCCGACCGGGCAGCAGAGGACCCCCGGCGGGCAGACCCGGCCUCUCGCCGGCGGCUGUGCAGCUGGUGAGCCUGGCAGACACUGUGUGCCAGGCAGAGUGGACCGGCCGACCGCACCAGGAGCCUGCGGUGCCGCCGCUCCGAGCGCUGGUGGAGGGCCGGACGGUGCUGAGGUGGUCUUCCAGAGUCCGGCGGCGCUGAGUCCAACGCUGCCCCUCGAGGUGGACCCUGGCGUCAGACAUGGCUGGCGCGAGGAGCAGCGACUUCAAAAACAGGGGGUCCGGCCGUGGCGCGGUCGUGGGCCGGGUCAAACGAAUGGUCAACAGCAGAUGCGAGCACCUGUACAAAAUCCUCAUCAUCGGCGAGCUCGGCACCGGCAAGACGUCCAUCAUACGGCGCUACGUGGGCCAGACUUUCUCCAAGCACUACCGGGCCACCAUAGGCGUGGACUUUGCGCUCAAGGUGCUCCAGUGGGACGCCAACAACAUCGUCCGACUCCAGCUGUGGGACAUCGCAGGCCAGGAGCGGUUCGGCUCCAUGACGCGCAUCUACUACACGGAGGCGGUGGCGGCGUUCAUCGUGUUCGACGUGAACCGGGCGACCACGUUCGACGCCGUGCUCAAAUGGAAGGCCGACCUGGACGACAAGGUGCAGCUGUCCAACGGCGACCCGGUGCCCUGCGUCCUGCUCGGAAACAAGUGUGACCUGCCGAAGGAGGGUCUGGCGUCCAGCCCGGAAAAGGUCUCCGAGUGGGCGCGCCAGCGCGGCUUCGUCGGAUCCUACGAGACGUCCGCCAUGGAAAACAAGGGCAUCGACGAGGCCAUGAACUUCAUCGUCAGAAAGAUUUUGACACACGAACAGUGCGGCCAUCUGGUGGGCGGCGGCAGGGAUCCCGACGUGGUGACGGUGAGCAGCGGCUCGUCGACAGUCAGCGGCGGCGACUGCGUCUGCUAGUAAGGAGGAAGGAUGGCGACACUCAGCAGCGCCGACUGUGUCUGCUAGCGGGGAGGAGCGGCAAUUGUGUCUGCUAGCGGGGAGGAGGGGCGAUGGGCCACUGCGUCUGCUAGCGGGGAGGAGGGACCACUGUGUCUGCUAGCGGGGAGGAGCGGCGCCGACUGAGCGGCGUACCGCCUGAAACCGCCGAAUACCUGUGCGAAUCUGCGACCUGAUGAAGUCCUACCUGUUCGACAACACUGUGGAGCUCCUGCUUUACCACGUGCGUGCGUGCGUGCGUGCGUGCGUGCGUGCGUGUGUGCGUGUGUGUGUGCAAUAUUUAUGCCUGAUAGGAAACCAUCAUAGACCAUGUCAUGAGACAUCGUAUGUUCACACAGAUCAAUGACGUUGGAAGUGCUCAUGGUGCCGUGCCAGGAUGGUCUGAACGUCUGUUGUCAGCGAAGCGAACCAUUGGGCUUAUCGAAUAAAAGCAAUUCAAAACGUUAAAUAA